AUCUAUUGCAAAUAACAUUUAUUACUUUUACAGUAUGUUAGUUUAAUACAUAAAUAUAAAACAAUUUAAAGUAUAAAAAGCUUAUUCGAAGUGGUCUCCAUUGGCUGCAAUACAGUCCUUUAAACGUUGAGGCCAGUUAUCAAUAGAAACACGCACUCUUUCCAUGGGAAAAAUUUUCACUGCCAAUCGUACGGAUUGUUGUGUUGUUAAGGGGCUUCGCUACCUUCUCAAAAAUGGUAUCUUGAUACACUUGUGCCGAUGUUUUGAUACUUUUUUCACAAAAGUAUGGCUCAGUCACUCCUUCAUAGCUAAUACCCCACCAAACCAUCACUGAAGUCGGAUAGGGCCCAUGUUGCACUCUGUCGACUAAUUGGGAAGCUUCCUUAGAGCUUUGAGCAUUAAUACGGUCAUUUUGUUUGUUAAAAUGUUGCUCAAUUGUAAAAAAAUUCUCACCCGUAAACAAAAUUUUUCUAUGACCUCCCUUUGCGUACCGCUUCAGUAGUUGCUUCGAUUUUACCACCCUAUUCUCUUUUAAAUUAUCAGUUAAGAAAUGACCAGUACGUCUCUUAUAAGUUGCAAGUCCUAAGUCAUCUUUUAAAAUACGCGACAUGGUUCUAGGCGCCAUCUUCAUCUCCCGAGAUAAAAUCUUUUACUUUCGCACAGGAUUUCUUCGAAUUCUUUCCCUUACUGCUUUGACCACCUUUUUCAUACGAACACUACGUGGACGGCCAGAUCGUUUUCUGUCACAAACAGAGGAGGUCUCAUUGCACCUAUUGCCCGGUACACAAACAUUUUACUAAUACCAAGCGUAUGGAGAGUUUUAAAAAUUGCAUUUGGCUCCAUACCUACUUUGUGUAAUGCAAUCACAGCGAUUCGGUUCUCUUUAUCACCCCACUACAUUUUAAUAUCGCAAAAUAUUGUACAAUAUAUUGGCGCCAAAAUGAGAAAACUCAAUGAGCAAUCAUAUAAAAAUGACAGACUCCAAAUUCAAAUGUAAUAGUUUGUUUAUUUUUAAUUGUAACAGUAUUUAUGGCCAGACUAAGUACAUAUUAUCUGUGUAUUUUAUUUUAUUCUCUUACAAAAACCGAGAUUUAGGUAAAGUACUAUCUAUGCUUAUCUACUUUGCAUUAUGAAAACUAUCAAUAUUACAACUAGACAAGACUCAUAGCUGAACUUUCAAAUUUCUUGAAAUUAAAGAAAAAAAAAUCGAAAAUUAAACAAUCACGUUCUGUAAUGUUUUUUUUUGUACACUGACUUGAAUAUUCUUGUAGUGAGUAUUGCCAUAGAUUAAUUCUUGCAAUUGAUACGUUUUUUGAUACGUUUUAAUUGAAAAUCCACCCAAAAAAUAAGCAAAAUUGAUGUCCAUUACUGUUGUUUUUUUAAUUUUAAGUCUUCAGUUUAAUUUGACCGCUAUGUUUUAAUACUUUGACCUUGAAAAACAAUUCAAUUAUAGGUACCUUUGAACUACAUACCUACAUGGAUAACACAAGACGGAGUUGUUAUCACAGAAAUUAGGAUAAAGUACUUCACUGUCGAUAUUUAAUCUUUCUUCAAAUUGAUAAUAAAAAUUAACGUAUUGUAAUCGAAUAUUUUCGUGAUAAAUAAAGUGCACGCGUAUCGUGCGUAAUUACGAGUAUAAUUAAAAAAAAAUAGCAAAAUGUCGAGGAAGACUAACAUAAUAAUAGUGUCAGUUAUAUUAGGUUUUGUGGCAGCAGCUGUGAUUGGAUUUCUAAUAUGGUGGCUGGUAACUGAUACAGAGGAAUUUACCAUAAUCAAACUCGAAGGUGAAGGCAUUGGUGAUAUUGAAUACACAGCAGCAUUUACGAGAAUAAGGGGGAGCGGCGAUAUAUUUUGGUGGUUCUAUCCCACUCUCCCUGCUGUCAAAAUCAUAAAACCUAUUAUAUUGUGGGUGGAUGGCGUCACUGGUGUACCGCCUAGUCUACUGGCAAAUUUCGGCAUGUUCGGACCGUACGACUUCAACUUGAACCAACGGAACGAUUCUUGGAUUAAUAACUACAAUUUACUAUUCGUGGAUGCACCGCUUGGUACAGGAUUUAGUACAGCCCAGAGCGACAGUCAGAUUCCAGGGAACCUUGACGCGACUACUGACCAUCUGUUGUUUACCUUGGAAUCAUUUUACCGUCUUCAUGAAGACUACGCAGAUACCCCACUCUAUAUUUUCGGUGAAGGGCAUGGUGCGCAAAUAGCAUUGGCUCUCGCCAGGAGGCUUGCCUCAACCGAUCCACCUGGCAGGUUCCAGCACAAUUUGAAAGGAGUCGUACUCGGUAACGGAAUUGUUUCUCCUGCUCUCGCCUUGACCAAACUGGGAUUUUAUUUAGAAGAACUUGGUUACAUCGAUGCUAACGGGAGGGCGGCCAUUGAGACACUUUCAGAAGACGUGAGCAGCUCGGUUAGUGGCGGUCAACUAAGAGAUGCUUUUGACAAAUUUAUUACACUUGGAGAUUUCGUGAAUGAAAAAGCAGGCGCUGUCGCUGUUAACUUGGGGCAUAUAGUCGAUAAAUUGACACGGGAAGCGUCAAGAGAUUAUUUCGGUCAAAGACAAUACAUGCAGGAAAAAUUCGGUUUAGACGCCUUUUCAUUCAUGCAGGAAACCGUGGCUCCUGCUUUGGGUAUACCAUCAGACGUUUCGUUUGACUACAACAGAGCUGCUGUCGUUGAUGCAUUCAGAAACAAUUUUAUGGCACCAGCCACACCUCACGUUGAAUUCCUUCUUAGAAACACGGACUUGAAGGUGGUAAUUUAUAAUGGAAAUCUCGAUGCCGUUUCCAAUACUCCAGGUCAACUAGAGUGGGUAGAUAAUUUACAAUGGCCAGGUCAGGAAGAAUUCAAAACUACUCCUCGACGAACUUUAGUAAUUAACAGAUUAGUAGAAGGCUAUUUCAGGGAAACUCCGAGAUUGUCAUUCUAUUGGAUGAACGCAGCUGGUCAAUCGCUGGUGGUAUGGUUGGUCUUGCGCCUGUCCCUCAGCCCAGUAGUAAUGAGAUGCUAGUCCAGGAGCGAGGGCGUCCUCCAGGACUAGAGGGGGAGUAUGUAGCAAACCGACCGGUACGUCACUCUCGCGGCCGUAUGCCCGCUCGCUAUACAUAGUUAGCAUCUAUGUCGAUCUUUUCAACAGUGUAUAAUCUAUGUUCCGGGCGCUUCCGUUUUGAGUGUGAAUAGCGUGCGCCCGCGUCUAAAUGUAAUUAUAGUUUAAUAUUGAAAAUUGUUUGUGAUAAAGGAAGAUUAAAAUUCGAAAUUCGAUAUUGGUGAC